GGGCGGAGCGCCGGACUGGGGAUGAGCUCAGCGGGCUCUGAGCGCCGCGGCAUUCAGCCCCUCGUGUCCCGCUGCCGAGCGUGAGAGGGGUCUGGCGCCGCUCCUCGAGCCCGACCCGCUGUUCGGGCUGGGGCCGGGGUGGAGAUGUAACCUUAUAUAAUGGAAUAUGAUUGAAGACAAAGGACCUCGUGUUGCUGACUACUUUGUUGUAGCAGGGUUAACUGAUGUUUCAAAGCCUCUUGAAGAAGAAAUUCACUUUAAUGAUGCCUGUCAUAAAGUAGCUAAACCAAAAGAACCUAUCACAGAUGUUUCAGUCAUCAUUAAAUCUCUUGGGGAGGAAGUACCACGGGAUUAUGUGUGCAUUGAUGUUACCCCAACUGGAUUGUCGGCAGAUCUCAAUAAUGGGAGUCUUGUGGGGCCCCAGAUUUACCUUUGUUAUAGAAGAGGAAGAGAUAAGCCUCCACUUACAGACCUAGGGGUUUUAUAUGACUGGAAAGAAAGGUUGAAACAGGGAUGUGAAAUUAUUCAAAAUACUCCUUAUGGGCGCCCUGCAAAUAUUAGUGGCAGUACCUCGUCACAAAGGAUUUAUAUCACUUACCGAAGAGCCUCUGAAAACAUGACUCAGAACACCCUGGCUGUCACAGACAUAUGUAUUAUUAUCCCCAGCAAAGGGGAAAGCCCACCACACACAUUCUGCAAAGUUGACAAGAAUCUCAAUAACAGUAUGUGGGGCUCUGCAGUGUACUUAUGUUAUAAAAAAUCAGUGGCGAAGACGAACACUGUAUCAUACAAAGCUGGUCUAAUUUGUAGAUAUCCUCAAGAGGAUUAUGAAUCAUUCUCACUACCAGAAUCUGUUCCCCUAUUUUGUUUACCAAUGGGUGCAACUAUCGAAUGUUGGCCACCAAAUAGCAAAUACCCGCUGCCUGUAUUUUCUACAUUUGUGUUAACUGGAGCCUCAGCAGAAAAGGUCUAUGGUGCUGCUAUUCAGUUUUUUGAACCAUAUCCUGAAGAAAAUCUCACAGAGAAACAGAGACUUCUAUUAGGCUUGUCAUUGGCAGAUGGAAAGUCUGAUGGUUCCAAAACAAUUCACACUAACAAAUGCAUCUGUCUUCUUUCUCACUGGCCUUUUUUUGAUGCAUUCAGGAAGUUUCUGACUUUUCUGUAUCGCUACUCCAUCUCUGGACCUCAUGUCCUUCCAAUUGAAAAGCAUAUCUCUCAUUUUAUGCAUAAAGUUCCUUUUCCAUCUCCUCAGAGACCACGGAUUUUAGUUCAGUUAUCACCUCACGAUAAUCUGAUUCUCAGUCAGCCUGUUUCUUCACCUCUUCCACUGAGUGGUGGCAAGUUUUCAACACUACUACAGAAUCUAGGUCCUGAAAAUGCUGUGACACUACUGGUAUUUGCAGUAACAGAACAUAAAAUUCUAAUCCAUUCCUUACGGCCUUCCGUGCUUACUAGUGUGACAGAGGCGCUAGUGUCUAUGAUUUUCCCAUUCCACUGGCCAUGCCCGUAUGUUCCUCUCUGCCCACUGGCUUUAGCAGAUGUCUUGAGUGCGCCAUGUCCGUUCAUAGUGGGCAUUGACUCGAGAUACUUUGAUCUCUAUGACCCUCCACCAGAUGUCAGUUGUGUUGACCUAGAUACCAACACCAUUUCUCAAACUGGUGACAAGAAGAAUGUAGCCUGGAAGAUUCUUCCAAAGAAGCCAUGUAAAAAUCUGAUGAACACACUGAAUAAUUUGCACCAGCAACUUGCUAAAUUGCAACAGAGACCAAGAGAUGAUGGACUAAUGGAUUUAACAAUGAAUGACUAUGAUUUUAAUUCCGGAAAGAGGUUGCACAUGAUAGAUUUGGAAAUCCAAGAGGCAUUUUUGUUUUUCAUGGCUUCUAUUCUGAAAGGGUAUAGAUCAUACUUAAGGCCAAUAACACAAGCCCCUUCUGAGACAGCAACAGAUGCAACCUCUCUUUUUGCCCUCCAAGCUUUCUUAAGAAGCCGAGACCGAUCACAUCAAAAGUUUUAUAACAUGAUGACCAAAACACAAAUGUUUAUUCGCUUCAUUGAAGAAUGUUCUUUUGUAAGUGAUAAAGAUGCAAGCCUGGCAUUUUUUGAUGAUUGUGUAGAUAAAGUGGAUAUGGACAAGAGUGGUGAAGUACGACUUAUAGAACUGGAGGAGUCUUUCAAAAGUGAACACACUGUUUUUGUAAUACCACCUGAGAUCCCCCAUCUACCCAAUGGUGAAGAACCCCCUUUACAGUACAGCUAUAAUGGGUUUCCAGUUCUUAGGAACAAUUUAUUUGAGAGACCUGAAGGAUUUUUUCAAACACAGAAGAGUAAAUUGCCUUCAAAACCAAGUAGCCCUAAUAGUCCUUCUCCUAUGUUCAGAAGAACAAAACAGGAAAUUAAAUCAGCCCAUAAAAUUGCCAAGAAGUAUUCUUCUAUCCCUCAGAUGUGGUCUAGGUGCCUACUGCGCCACUGUUAUGGGCUAUGGUUUAUUUGUCUGCCAACUUACGUGAAAGUAUGUCAUUCCAAAGUGAGGGCUCUGAAAACAGCCUAUGAUGUGCUAAAAAAAAUGCAGUCAAAGAAGAUGGAUCCACCUGACGAGGUGUGCUACCGCAUUCUUAUGCAGCUCUGUGGGCAGUAUGAUCAGCCAGUGCUUGCAGUUCGAGUACUUUUUGAAAUGCAGAAAGCUGGUAUUGAUCCCAAUGCAAUUACUUAUGGUUAUUAUAAUAAGGCUGUUUUGGAAAGUACCUGGCCUUCAAGAAGUCGCAGUGGCUAUUUUCUCUGGACAAAAGUAAGAAAUGUUGUUUUAGGAGUAGCACAGUUCAAAAGAGCUUUAAAGAAACAGGCACACUCGUCACAAACAACUCUUUCAGGUGGCCAGUCUGAUCUUGGUUAUAAUUCAUUGUCUAAAGAUGAAGUUAGAAGAGGGGAUGCAUCUACUGAGGAUAUUCAAGAAGAAAAAGAUAAAAAAGAGAGUGAUUCUAGUUCAUUGUCAGAGAAUGAGAGUGCAAAAGGAAGUGCUGACUGCCUUCCUAAGCUAAGUUAUCAAAGUUCUUCCAGUAUAGUCCGGCUCGGAGGCACAAGUAAUCACAGUGGUGACAAAAGAUCAGGAGAUUGCACAGAAAGCAUAUCUGAGCAGCUCUCAGUGUCAACUCUUGGGGAUACAAGCAAAACAGGAAACAUUCAACAUAGAUGUUUCAAGAAAAGACAUAAAAGUGACAAUGAAGCUAAUUUGCAGCAGCAAAUGGCCUGGGGAAAUAGAAACCGGAACUUUAAUGGAGGUGUAUUGAUGGAAUUAAUGCUGAAUAGAAUUAAUCAGGAAGCAAACCCUGGAGAUAUAGUUGAAAAAUUAGGAGCUGAUGCAAAAAUUCUUUCAAAUGUUAUCUCAAAUAGCACAAGGCCAAACAGUCUUGAUAUUGGAAAGCUGCCUUUAAGAUCAAAAAGAAACAGUCUAGAGAAAGAAUCUAGUGAUGAUGACACACCUUUGGAUGGCCCUAGUUGUUUGGCAGAUAAAGUGGAUUCUGCUGUUAUUUUUGACUUAGAAGACUUAGACAGUGAAGCAGAUGGGUCAAAAGUGGGGUAUGUUACUCCACAAAAUCCCAGGAGGAUUCAACGAAUGAGCAGCAGCUUUUCAGUAAAACCUUCUGAAAAAACUGAUGUUGCAACAGGAUUUGACCCCCUUUCCCUUUUGGUUGCUGAGACUCAGCAGCAGCAAAAAGAAGAAGAGGAGGAGGAUGAGGAUGACAGCAAAAGCAUCUCAACGCCAUCUGCUAAGCGUGAUUUAGCUGAAGAAAUUGAAAUGUAUAUGAAUAACAUGAGCAGUCCUUUGACAAGUCGCACACCAAGCAUUGAUUUACAACGGGCAUGUGAUGAUAAAUUGACCAGUAAAAAAAGCCCAACAUUGGUCAAGGCAGGCAGAAGAUCCAGCCUGCCUCCUAAUUCUCCUAGACCCGUGAGACUUAUCAAAUCUAAAAGUUACACAAAAAGCGAGGAGAGAACAAGAGAUAGACUCUGGUCUUCUCCAGCUUUUUCACCCACUUGCCCAUUUAGGGAAGGAUCUCAAGAUACAUUAACCCAUCCAGCACCUUCAUUUAACUUAGAUACAUUGCUAGUACCAAAACUAGAUGUUCUACGGCAUAGUAUGUUUACUGCUGGAAAAGGAGUUGCAGAGAAAGCCAGCAAGUGGUACUCAAGAUUCACCAUGUAUGCCACAUCAUCCAAGGAUCAAAGUUCUGAUCGUACCAGUCUUUCUUCAGUGGGAGCCCAGGAUUCUGAAUCUACCUCUUUGACAGAUGAAGAUGGCUGCCGUGAGUUGGAAGGAGCCCUGUCCUCCCAAGAGAGCAGUGCCACUUCUGGGACCAAGGGGAUCGAGCUCAGCCGGACUAGCCUGGACAGUUCCUCCUCCUUAGAAGGUUCCCUCUCAAAGUUUGCCUUACCUGGGAAAUCAGAAGUGCCAUCUUCUCUGAACACGAGUAAUACAAAUAUCUUCCAGAACUAUGCAAUGGAGGUUCUCAUUUCAAGUUGUUCUCGGUGUAGAACUUGCGAUUGUCUUGUUCAUGAUGAGGAAAUCAUGGCUGGCUGGACAGCAGAUGACUCCAACCUCAACACCACAUGUCCAUUCUGUGGCAAUCUUUUUUUACCUUUUCUGAAUAUUGAAAUAAGAGAUUUAAGACGACCUGGAAGAUACUUUCUGAAGUCAAGCCCAACUACAGAAUAUAUGCCCUUUGCAUCCUUUUCAAGUCAGACAAAGCAGUCUUGCAUUUCAACAUCUGCCUCUGGGCUUGAAGCAUCUGCUCUGUCUGUUCAAGGGAAUUUUGAUCUCAAUAGCAAAUCUAAACUACAAGAAAAUUCUUGUAACCGAAGUAUUCAGAUUCCUGCUAAUAGAUCAAAAACAGCUAUGUCAAAAUGUCCAUUAUUUCCAAUGGCCAGGAGUAUUAGUACUUACGGCCCCUUGGAAAAAGAAGAUACUGGAGGACAGAAGCUCAUUCCUACAGGCAGCCUGCCAGCUAGUUUACAAGGAGCGACUGAUUCUUUGGGAUUAGAAUGGCACCUUCCAAGUCCAGAUCCUGUCACUGUCCCAUAUCUUAGUCCAUUAGUGGUAUGGAAGGAACUUGAGAGCUUAUUGGAAAACGAAGGUGAUCAUGCAAUAAUGGUGGCAGACUUUGUAGAUCAUCAUCCAAUUGUUUUUUGGAACCUGGUGUGGUAUUUCAGACGUCUUGAUUUGCCCAGUAACCUACCUGGAUUGAUUCUUUCUUCUGAGCAUUGUAACAAAUAUUCAAAGAUUCCCCGCCACUGUAUGUCUGAAGAUAGCAAAUAUGUUUUAAUACAAAUGUUAUGGGACAACAUGAAAUUACAUCAGGAUCCAGGGCAACCUCUGUACAUCCUCUGGAACGCCCACACUCAAAGGUAUCCAGUGGUACAUUUAUUGCAAAAAAGUGAUAACUCAUUUAACCCGGAACUAUUGAAAAGUAUGGUAAAAAGCAUUAAAAUGAAUGAUGUCUAUGGCCCAAUGAGUCAGAUUUUAGAGACACUGAGUAAGUGUCCACAUUUUAAAAGACAGAGGAGUUUAUACAGAGAAAUCCUGUUUCUCUCACUUGUGGCACUGGGAAGAGAAAAUAUUGAUAUAGAUGCAUUUGACAAGGAAUACAAGAUGGCGUACGAUCGUCUCACACCUACUCAAGUCAAGAGUACACACAACUGUGACAGGCCACCGAGCACAGGGGUGAUGGAAUGUCGAAAAACCUUUGGAGAACCUUAUCUUUGAGAUGUGUAUGUGUAUACAUUCAAUAUAUAUUGUAUAGUCACUGUACAAAAUAACACUUUUAGAUGCUAAACAUUUUUCUUCAAUUUUUGAAAACGCAUUUGUAAAUGGUUUGGGAGGUUCAGAUAGCUUCUGUACAGAAUGUUCUCAGAAGAGAAUAGUGACACAUAGGGAAAGAGCCACUUUUAUCCUAUUUCUUUUUUUUUUUUUUCCUUUGACUCCCCUCUACUAAGUAAUUAAGUAUUUUUGUGAUGAGGAAAUCCUAAGCAAAAUUGUUUGCCAUAAAAUAAGACAACUGUUUUACGGCUUCUCCUGGAAGAAGCGUAAAAACCAUACAUGGAAACAAAACAGCAGUGUAAGAUCAGAGUAUCUCCUGUUUUCAUAGACUAUUCAGAUGUUUUGACCAUGAAAUUGUAUUAUACAUAUUUUAAAUUGUUUAUAGUAAGUUGAUAUUUUUUUAAUUUUUAAAUUUAAUAUAGCAAACUUAAAAUGAAUUUAAA